AUGACAGAUAGCAGUUCUUUUCCAGGUCUGCAACAGGCAUUAACAGCUUGUAAGAAUUUGUUUGCGCAUGUCAUUCGAGUCUCUGACUGUGUACCUCAGCAUGUCGCUUUCAUUAUGGACGGUAACAGACGUUGGGCAAAGAAAGAACAUGUUGAGGUGAAGGAGGGUCAUAAUGCCGGAUUUCACAGCAUGAGCAGGGUCCUAGAACUAUGUUAUGAAUCAGGAGUAAGCACGGCUACAGUAUUUGCAUUUUCGAUCGAAAAUUUCAAAAGAAGUCCUAUUGAAGUUGACUCUCUAAUGAAUCUGGCUCGUAACGGUAUUAGACAGGUUGUUCAAAAUGGUGAAAUGGCAGAGAAACAUGGAAUAAAAAUCAAUGUUAUAGGUGACAGAUCUUUGUUACCAGAUGAUGUGAUCAAGGAGAUAGAAGCGGCAGAAAGUAUUACACGCAACAACAAAAGGGCAGUUCUCAAUAUUUGCUUCCCAUAUACAGGAAGAGAUGAGCUGGUACAUGCGAUACACCAAGUAGUACAGGAAGUUAAAAACGGCGACUACAAAAGCACAGAAGUGAAUGAAACAAUCAUUGAUGACAAUCUUUAUACAGGCCAUUUACCUCCUGUUGACUUACUGGUAAGAACGAGCGGAGUUACGAGACUAAGUGACUUUUUAAUAUGGCAGGUGAGCCGAAAAGGAGUCAAUAUAGAAUUUCUUGACUGUUUGUGGCCUGACUUUGGAACCAUAAAAAUGGCAUGGAUCCUUCUUAAAUUUGCUUUUAAAGGAACCUUCCUUUCUGUGGACCCAGAUCUUGAGGAUAGUGAAAGAGGUGAAGAGGCAUAUCUGAAGAAAUCAAAAUAA